AUGCUUGAUGAAAGCAAUGAAUUGGUUCAGUAUUUUCGUUCUGUUCGAAAUAAGUAUAAUGAAAGAUCUCUGCGUUGUUUAAACUUGACACUUCUUGACAAUGAAAGAAUAAAAGAUAGGGAAUACGAUGUGCCAAGUAGUAGUGAAGUUGCUGGCUUGAUUGUUGGUGACAUUGGGUUGUAUGAAGCUGAUAGGGAUGUAGUUGUCGAUACAUUUGAAAAUGGUUUGCAGCGGAUAUCAAGAUUACAUCCAAAAUUCAUGUCAUUUCAAUACCCAUUACUCUUCCCUUAUGGGGAGGAUGGAUAUCAUGUUGGUUUGAAAUUAUGCGCACGCAAAGAUAAUGAGAAUCGCAAGCGAGAAAGGAUGUCCAUGUGUGAUUUUAUGUCAUACCAAAUACAUGAGCGUGCAAAUGAAUCUUCCACUUUGCUGAAAGGAGGCCGACUUUUUCAACAGUUUUUGGUUGAUGCCUAUGCAAAUGUUGAAGAAAACCGUUUGUUUUAUAUUAGAAAAAAUCAACCCGAUAUUAGGAGCGAGACUUAUGUGGGCAUAUGUGAUGCUUCAAUAAGAGAACAUGAUGGUGAAAAUGUAGGCAAACGAAUUAUUUUACCAAGCACUCAUACAGGAAGUCCGCGGUAUAUGAACAAACAUUACCAUGAUGCUAUGGCUUUGUGUCGGAAGUAUGGCCCCCCUGAUUUGUUCAUAACACUUACUUGCAAUCCAAAAUGGCCUGAAAUUGAAAGAGCAUUGUUGAACAAACAUGGUAGCAAACCUGAGGAUCGCCCAGAUAUUGUUGCAAGAAUUUUUAAGAUGAAACAUGAUGAUCUUAUUAGUUACGUUAAAUCUGGCAAGCCAUUUGGGAAGGCUAUUGCAGAUGUUGCGACAAUUGAGUUCCAAAAACGGGGAUUACCUCACUCUCACAUGUUAUUUUGGUUGGCUGAGAAUAACAAGUGUUAUUCGGCUGUUGACAUUGAUUCAAUAAUCUUUGCUGAACUACCUGAUAAGAAGGUCAAUCCAACUUUAUAUGAUAUUGUGAAUCAAUUUAUGAUCCAUGGUCCAUGUGGUGUGCUGAAUCCUAAAGCUCCAUGUAUGAAAGAAAAUAACUGCAAGAAAUCAUUUCCGAAAGAAUACAUGGAAAACACAUUGUUUGCAGCUAAUGCAUUUCCCAUGUAUAUGCGUCGUGAUGAUGAUUCUAAAUUUGUCAUGAAAAAUAAUGUGACAGUAGACAACCGCUUUGUUGUUCCUUACAAUGCUGAACUUUUGUUAAGAUAUAAUGCGCAUAUAAAUGUUGAAUCAUGUUCUCAGUCAACCUUGAUAAAAUAUCUGUUCAAGUAUAUAAGCAAAGGUCCUGACCGAGCAAGAGUUGGUAUUCACUCUGAUUUAAAUGAUGAAAUUGCAGCGUAUUUAAACUGCAGAUAUAUAUCUCCACCUGAAGCUGCAUGGAGAUUGCUUGAAUAUCCAAUUCAUUCUCGGCACCCACCUGUUGAAUUGUUAAAGAUACAUUUACCAGGACAACAAACCAUUGUUUUUGGUCAAAAUCAACCGUUAACCUCAGUCAUUGCAAGACAAGGAUCAGACGAUACUAUGCUCACAUCAUGGUUUCAUGCAAAUACAAACGCGGAGACAAAGCAUAUAGCAAAUAUGUUGACAUUUGCAGAGUUUCCUUCUGCCUUUGAGUGGAAUAAUGGUACAAAAACUUGGACACCACGACAACGAGGCUAUGCAAUAGGUAGAUUGCCAAAUAUAAGUCCGACGAGCGGUGAGUUAUAUUAUUUGCGCCUACUUUUGAACACACGUAAAGGCUGCACAAAUUUUAAAUCUAUUCGGACAAUAUGUGGUGUUGUGUAUUCUACGUAUCAAGAAGCAUGCCGUGCACUCGGGUUACUAGGUGAUGAUAAAGAGUGGAGUGAUGCUAUAACUGAGGUUGUACCAACAGCAAUGUCAUAUCAAUUGCGCCAUCUAUUUGUUACAAUUUUGUUGUACUGUGAUGUUUCAAAUCCGUGUCAACUUUUUGAAACACAUUGGCGUAAUAUGUGUGAUGAUAUUAUAUACAAUGUCCGUUCUGAUUUUAUGAUGCCACACCUAAACAUAUCUGAACGAGAGUUACGAAAUUCUUUGUUGUUUGAGUUAGAGCUACUUUUUGGUAAUGCUAAUUCAUCGUUAGCGAAGUACCAUUUACCAUUGCCAGAUAAGGAAAAAAUGUUCGAGUUGAAAAACAGGCAAUUGAGAGAGGAAUUAAAUUAUGAUUGUGUCGCUUUACAAAAAGAGUACCGAUCUUUAGUAGCAGAAUUAAAUGAUAGCCAGAGAAGAAUAUUUGAGAAUGUGAUUAAUGUUGUUAAUAACAAAAGUACUGGCCUUUUUUUGUUUAUGGUCAUGGAGGCACAGGGAAAACAUUUUUAUGGCACACCAUUAUUAGUAAGCUAA